GCGGCGCCGGUGCCGGGCGGCGUUGACUGGCGACGGCUCCGGGCGGCCUGGGGAUGAGUUCGGGUCACUGGCGGGGCGGCGGCGGCGGCUCCUCGGCCGCGGGGGGCUGGUUCGGCCCGGGGGGCGGCGGCGGCGGCGGCGGCGGAGGGGGCCGGGGCCGGCACCCGGGCCACCUGAAGGGCAAAGACAUCGGGCUGUGGUACGCGAAGCGGCAGGGCCAGAAGAGCAAGGAGCAGGAGCGGAAGGAGAGAGCAGUAGUGCAGAUGGAUGAAGCUCGAGAGGAGCACAUCACCCGACUACUGAACUCUGUCCAGACGCGGAGUGACUACAAAGACCAACGUUCCUCUGUGUCAGCCGACUCGAGCUGGAACUGGAGAAGUCCAAGUUCUUCCACUUCAGUCAACAAAGAAGUUAAACCGGAGACCAGUGCUGACCUGGAGUACCUCUUUGAAACCAUCACUCGGGAUGUAUUUUUGGAUGAGGAGCUGAAGGAAGACCUUCUGAAGAAGACAACUAAUUCAAGAUACCUGGAGAUGAAGAAAUUUCGGGAAAAACUCCCCUCCUACUCCAUGAAACAUGAAGUGGUGGACUUGAUAAACGGGAAUCAGGUGGUUGUCAUAAGUGGAGAAACGGGUUGUGGGAAAACCACACAGGUGACCCAGUUCAUCCUGGAUGACUACAUCGAGAAAGGAAUGGGCUCUCUGUGCAGAGUCGUAUGCACCCAGCCUCGUCGGAUCAGCGCCAUAUCUAUAGCUGAGAGAGUGGCAGCUGAAAGAGCUGAAGCCUGUGGUGAAGGAAACAGCACUGGUUACCAGAUCCGGUUACAAAGUCGUUUCCCACGCAAACAAGGUUCCAUUUUGUACUGCACUACAGGAAUUAUUCUCCAGUGGCUUCAAUCAGAUACUCUCUUGUCCACCAUCAGCCACCUUGUUUUGGAUGAGGUUCACGAGAGGAGCUUGCAGUCGGACGUGCUGAUGACGAUUGUGAAGGACGUUCUGGCCUUCAGAUCGGAUUUGAAAGUGAUAUUAAUGAGCGCAACUCUCAAUGCUGAACAUUUUUCAGAAUAUUUUGGCAACUGUUCCAUGCUGCAUAUCCCGGGGUUUACCUUCCCAGUGAAAGAAUACAUUCUGGAGGAUGUAAUUGAGUUACUUCAUUAUCAUCCACAAAACCAGGAGGUUCGAAGACCAUCCUCCAGGAGAAGGUUCAUGCAAGGCUGCAUGUUUCGACCAGAGAAGGAACGAAUAGAAGAAGAAUACCAGCAGCAGUGGCCAGUGUAUCUAAGAGAGUUGCAAGGAAGGUAUUCUGACAGUACAAUCGAGACCUUGGAAAUUCUGCAUGAUGAUGAUAAAAUAGAUCUUAAUCUGAUUGUAGCUCUUAUAAGGCACAUUGUUCUCUCUGGGGAGGAUGGUGCCAUAUUGGUGUUCCUUCCUGGCUGGGACAAUAUCAGCACCUUGAAUGACCUUUUAACUGCACAACCCAUGUUUAAGUCAGAUCGUUUUGUGAUCAUUCCCCUUCACUCUCUCAUGCCUUCGGUGAAUCAGACAGAGGUUUUCAAGAAGCCACCUCCAGGAGUUCGCAAGAUUGUAAUUGCCACUAACAUUGCAGAGACAAGUAUCACCAUAGAUGAUGUGGUCCACGUGAUAGAUGGAGGGAAAAUAAAGGAAACUCACUUUGACACCCAAAACAACAUCAGCACAAUGGCUGCAGAGUGGGUCAGCAAAGCUAAUGCCAAGCAACGGAAAGGUCGAGCCGGAAGGGUGCAGCCAGGUUCCUGUUACCACUUGUACGAUGGAUUGCGAGAGAGCCUCCUAGAUGACUAUCAGUUACCCGAAAUCAUGAGGACUCCACUUGAAGAGCUUUGCUUACAGAUCAAGAUUUUACGUCUUGGUCGUAUUGCUCAAUUCCUGGAAAAGGCGAUGCAGCCUCCGUCAAAGGAAGCAGUUAACCUAGCUGUGACCCACUUGAAAGAGCUGAACGCCUUGGAUAGGAACGAAGAGCUCACACCACUUGGGGUCCAUUUAGCUCGUCUGCCAGUAGAGCCCCACAUUGGGAAAAUGAUCCUGUUUGGAGCGUUGUUGUGCUGCUUGGAUCCUGUACUCACCAUUGCAGCCAGUCUCAGUUUCAAGGAUCCAUUUGUGAUCCCAUUGGGUAAAGAGAAACUGGCAGAUGCAAAACGUCGAGAGUUGUCCAAGCAAUCCCGUAGUGACCAUCUGACUGUAGUCAAUGCAUUUAAGGGAUGGGAAGAAGCAAAAAGACGAGGUUUCAGGUCAGAGAGGGAUUACUGCUGGGAGUACUUCCUUUCUCCAAAUAACCUUCAGAUGCUUCACAACAUGAAAGGACAGUUUGCUGAGCACCUGCUGGUGGCUGGCUUUGUGAGCAGCAAGAAUCCCAAAGACCCCAAGGCGAACAUAAACUCAGACAACGAGAAGCUAAUUAAAGCUGUGGUCUGUGCGGGCUUGUAUCCCAAGGUGGCAAAAAUCCGGCCGAGUUUCAGCAAGAAGCGGAAAAUGGUAAAAGUCUUCACCAAGUCAGACGGACGAGUCAACAUUCACCCAAAAUCAGUGAAUGCGGAGGAAGGGGAAUUUCAGCACAGCUGGCUGAUCUACCACUUGAAGAUGCGUACAAGCAGUAUCUACCUAUAUGAUUGCACUGAGGUGUCCCCUUAUUCCCUCCUUUUCUUUGGAGGUGAUAUUUCAAUACAGAAGGAGCAGGACCAAGAAACCAUUGCUGUCGAUGAAUGGAUUGUAUUCCAGUCACCAUCCAGAAUAGCUCAUUUAGUGAAGGACCUGAAGAAGGAACUGGAUGCCCUCCUGCAAGAGAAGAUUAAGAAGCCCCGGCCGGUGGAUUGGAAUAAUCGCUCGAAAGACUGCGCUGUCUUGUCAGCGAUCAUAGACUUGAUAACCACACAAGAUAACACAAGCGCAAAGAACUACACGCCUCGAUUCCAGAGCUACUGAAGCUGUGAUCCCUGUGUAUGGAUCCUCGGCAGGUCGAGAGGUUGAGCCUGAAAAAGCAUUUCAUAGCUCACAAGUGCUGAGUUGUUUUGUGUCAUUAACCCCUUUUUGGCUAUCUUGAAUAGAUGUUUGGAAAAUAUGCCCGGAGGUCUCAUUGGUAAGACUACGAUGGCCUGUAACCAUAGAAUAAAAUACCUGGCAUGUUAAGAAGUCUAAUUACAUUCUAGUGUAGUAUAGGGGACAUUAAGGUGGGGGAGGUUUUGAUUGAGAAGAGUGCAGUGGCAGGUGAUUUCACUGCAUCAUCACUGGAAUGCAGACACAAGAUGCUGUGCUUUCCCAUUCGAAGGAGAAUCUGAAAGCGUUGCCACCCCUUCAAAGCAAAGCUGAGGUUGGUCUUCACUUUCAGAAUAGAGCCAGUGGAUAUAACAGCAUCAGAACCAAGGCAAGGCAUAGUACUGUGUAGGCAUUUACAGAACCUGACCAAAAAUCAUAAUCCAGAACGUCAACGCAUUUGUACAGAUGUGGGCAGACUUGUUGAGUUUAUUCCAUCUGUACUUUCAUUGUUGUUUCUUUGCCAUUUACAUAUUUUUGUCUUUUUGAUUUUAGAUCAUUCAGAAAUGGUUCAGCAGACUUUAUUGUUGAUUUAUCUCAGAGCAAGUUCUACAUUGCUUACCUUCUUUGGAAACAAAAGUGCAGAGGCUCAGCUUUUUUCCCCCACUGCUAAUAGACAUCCAUUGGACCUAUAAUCCCAGUGCAACACCUUGUGUGCAACUAUCUUGAAGGACUGCUGGACCCUCCUGUACUGUAGAGAAAUGUCCACUGUGGGGCCCCUCUUUGAUCUCCAUUUUGUGUCAUCAGCAGAAACCAUGGGGGGAAUCAUUUUAACCUAAUUUGCUGGUUAAACUGUAGGGAAUGGAUAGGUGGUUUUGCACCCUGACUUGAGGGGGAAAUCAGUGUGUGCUAAGGGGAGGUUAAGCAGCAUUUUAUUCAAUCUGGUCAGUUUUCUGAUGGACAAGGUUCUUUCUGGGGGGAACUGUUGAGAAUGUGGGUCAUAUAACAAAAUGGGUUCAAUGUAGGAUAACUAUAAGUGGGUGCUUGAUAGUCAAUGCAGACUCAGAGACACAGAAGACCUUUCUCAGUGUUAUAUGAUGCUGACUUGCCUGAUAUAAGUGGCUCCUUUUUGGUCUGUGACCCUAAAGGGAAGAAUAAUAUACCAAUACCAAUUAGAAGCUUAACCCCUCAAACCUGUUUUACCAUUCAACGUAGUGACAGUCAAUCAGUGACCCAACAUGUGCCCACCUUUAUCCCAUAGCCCUUGUUCUCUGGGAAUCCACUCAAUACCAAUUUUUGUAUCAAUUGUAAAUUCGCAGAAAAGGGUUCCAGACUUGCUCCAUGCUUCACUCUUGUAAGACCUAGCUCUGAUUCUGCGACUGGCCUUGCCUUACAUCCUCUGUAUGAUAGUUUACAUCUCUUCACCCAGUCAGUUUCCCUUAAUAUCAUAAAGUAUGAUUAAAUUGUAGUGGAUAGGAUGGUUUUGUAUAAUUUUGCAAUGCAGUUAAACUCUUGAGUACUAUAAAAAGUUAAUUACUUUUCACUUAGAUUGGGAUGUGUAAAAGUUAUAUUGUUGUCUUUUAAGUUGCCUUGCUACAACAGGACUUGGCUUGCCAUUGGCUGCAGACACUCUGUCUAGUCUAGAUCAUCGUGGUUCCACCUGGUGUUUCAGUGGGCCAAUAUUGCAAGAGUGUGUCUUGUGGAGUUUGGCCACAACAUAUCCUGAGCAUGGGGUCAACGCCAUUGGAGGCCAGUGCACAUAUAUCGUCACAGUACUGAAGCUUGCAAUCUUGUUCGUUUGUGUAGUUUGACU